AUGGAUCCCCUGAAAUAUAUAUUACAGAAACCGAUGCCAACUGGAAGAUUAGCGAAGUGGAAAAUCUUGCUCACUGAGUUUGACUUUGUCUAUGUCACUCGCACGCCAUUGAACACUUACUUUCCGGACGAGGAAGUAAAUUCAGUUGAAGUGGUUCCAGAAAACAUCAAUGCUUGGAAGAUGUUCUUUGAUGGGGUUGUGAACGCAAAAGGUGUAGGGAUUGGGGCAAUUCUCAUUUUGCCUGUUGGUCAGCAUUAUCCGGCCAUGGCCCGGCUUCGGUUCUUUUGUACGAACAAUACUGCUGAAUAUGAAGCUUGUAUAAUGUGCAUGAACAUGGCGAUUGAUCUGGAUGUGCAAGAAUUAUUAAUCAUGGGAAAUUCUGACUUGAUUAUUCGACAAGCUCGGGUUGAAUGGAAAACUCGGGACAUCAAGCUAAUACAAUAUAGACAACAUGUGGAAGACCUCGGUAAACAAUUUAAGUCCGUUGAGUUUAAAUAUAUUCCUCGAUUCCAUAAUUAUUUAGCAAAUGCACUAGAUACUUUGGCUUCAAUGUUACCGUACCCGGGUAAUACUCAUAUUGGCCCAUUGGAAAUUCAAGUCCGAGAAUGGCAUGGUUAUUGCAAUGCAAUUGAAAUAGAGUCGGGUGGCGAUCCAUGGUAUCACGAUAUCAAAAGGUUUUUGAAAAAAAAAGUAUAUCCCGAACAAGCAAGCAGAGAUCAAAAGAGAACCAUCAGAAGGCUUGCCAGUAGUUUCUUUCUGAGUGGAGAAAUCCUGUACAAAAGAACUCCAGAUUUGAAUAUGUUGAGAUGUAUGGAUUCUCGAGAAGAUGAGAGGAUCAUGAACGAAGUACAUAUAGGGGUAUGUGAUCCCCAUAUGAAUGGGUACGUCCUUGCAAAGAAUAUACUCCGAGUAGGUUAUUAUUGGAUGACCAUGGAAAAGGAUUGUUUCAGCUUUGUCCGCACGUGUCAUCAAUGUCAGAUACACAUUGACCCGAUUCACUUGCCGCCUUCGGAGUUGCAUCCUAUGUCAGCGCCUUGGCCAUUUGUCACCUGGGGCAUGGAUGUUAUUGAGCCGAUUAAGACAAAAGCUUCAAAUGGCCACAGAUUCAUCUUGGUUGCCAUCGAUUACUUCACAAAAUGGAUACAAGCGGUCACUUUCAAAUUUGUAACCAAGAAAGCAGUGGCAGACUUUGUGCAUUCCAAUACCAUUUGCCGUUUUGGUAUUCCUAAAACUAUCAUUUCGGACAAUGCCGCAAACCUAAACAUCCACUUGAUGAGAGAGGUAUAUGAGCAAUUCAAAAUUAUGCAUCGCAACUCUACCCCUUAUCGGCACAAAGCCAAUAGUGUCGUCGAAGCUGCUAACAAGAAUAUCAAGAAGAUUCUUCGAAAAAUGGUCCAAGGUUCUAAGCAGAGGCAUGAAAGUUGCCUUUUGCACUAUCGGGAUAUAGCACAAUCGUGUGCACAUCAGUAG